AUGAAGAUAUUCGUUGUAUGCUUGGUCACCUGGGCCUUGAUAAACCUAGGGGACGUGCACGCGAACGAUGGCCAGGAGGUACCCGCUCUGCUAGAAAAUAUCUCGUCGGAUAACGGCAAGACUCAGAAGAACGAAGUCUCCGAUCAAACGGUCAGCGUACAUGCGGUAUCGUCCGAAUCAAAUGCACGGUCGAGCUCGAAACACGAGUCGUCGUCCUCCUAUUCGUCUGCGGUCGCUGAGAAACUGAGCAUUAGGGAUGAGUCCUCGCACGAGAAAGCCCAACAGGAAGCUUCGAAAACUGAAGAAAUGUCAUUGGUGAAAUUGGAAGCGAAAACGAAGGUCGAUCAGGAGGAUCAUCACAUCCAGGCGCAUCAGUCCGAGAAACACGACGCAAAAACUGUAAAGGAGAAGGAAGACGGGAAGCAAGAUGGCGGCGAGAUCUGGACGAACCAGGACUUAGACAAAAUCAACACGGAGAUAAAGUCCGACACGGACGGUAAGCAUAAAAUCAUCACGAAGACCUGGGUCGAGGAGGGUCCAGUGAUCGAGAGAAAAUCCUGGAAAUGGACCAAACACGUCGAGGACGAUUCGAAGAUCUCCUCGGAGAUUCGUUCCCUAACUGAGGCGAAGUCGCGCGCAGAGUCCCGUUUACGCGAGGAGUCUGAAGUACGAAUGAAGCUGGAGGCAGAGGUCGAGGCGGUUCGUUCCGAACUGAGGGAGAAGAAGCUAGCUCUAGAACGUGCGGAAACCAGGACGAGGCCCCAAUCGAAGGUUUGUUCGCAGACCGAAAUGUUGGUGAAGUCCAAAUCUCAGGCGUUGGUCGCGGCUCAGGCUGCGGUUCAAGCAGAGGCUGAAGUGGCUGCUGUUGCUGAGGCGAAGGCGAAGGUCGAAGCCGAGGCGAGGGCUGAGCUUCAAUCGAAGAUCCUGACUUUGUUAGAGACUCGAUCAUCAUGGAAAAAGGAGAUCGAUGAGGAGACGAUGAUGAAAAUAAAGAUAUCGGUGAAAACCUCAAAGGCCUCCAGCGCAGCCGCUAGGGCGGCCGUUGAGGCGAUCAGAACUGCGACUGAGGCUCGAGCGAACGCUGCGGCGAAGGCUCUGAUCGCUCAGCAGGCCGCCAUUGCGGAGGCGCGCGCGGUUGCCGAAGCCAGAGCCGCAUCGUCUGUUUUGAGCGCUGUGAUGGUGCAGGUCGAACUGUCGGCGAAGGCCUCGGCUGCCGCUCAGGCGAAAGCAUUAGCUAUCUCGAGGUCAAAGGUGGGCGCAGCUGCGGCUGCGAGCGCGGCCGCCGCAUAUGCUGAGGGCAGAGUCUCAGUUCUGAAGGAAUCUGUCGCAGCGGCGAUAGGUUCCGCGAAUGCAGCGGCCAGUGCGGCUGCGAGUGCAACGGGUGCUGUUUCGAUGGCGAAAACGCUGGCGAUGAACGCGAAGAAUCUAGCUGGGGACGUGGAUGCCACGCAGGCGCUAGCGCUAGCACAGGCGGAAGUCGCCGCUGCGGAGGUGCACGAGGCGGUCAAGGUGCAGACCGUGGCCAACACGGAAGUGGAUGUCGAGACGGCGAUUUUGGAGGCUACUGCUGCGGCUAAGGCGUCCGUUGCUGGAGCUGUGAGGGAUGGAAUUAUCGUUGGACUGGGGGAGAGUACGAAUGGUAAUAGCUUGGCGCAGGCGGAGGCGUUGCAGAAGGCUGUUAGCGGUUGGUCGAAUGAUGUAGGGAAAAUGAAGAUCCCAGCACUGCUCGCAACGUUCCUCUUUCUGUGGGGUCUGGCGUCGGCCGACCUGUCGCCACCCUCGAAGCACGGGAAGCUGUCGCCCCUGCUCCGUUUGGGGAAGGGUAGCGUGUCAGCGACCGCGUCCGCGGCGAUGGCCGCCAGGUCUGGUGCACGAGCCGGUAAGGUAGCCGCUGCGGCGCAGGCCGAGGCGAACGCGCAAGAGGCAGUGGCGACCGCCGCUGCGUCGACUGCAGCCUCGGCUCAGGCGUUGGUCGGCGGAAAAUCGUCCGCUGAGGCACUGGCCACCGCAGCUGCGCAGACGAGUAUUGCAGCGCGUGCCGCACAAGCGCAAGCCGCCCUCUCAGCCACGGCCAAGGAAAAGGCUCUCAUAGCUGCGAGAGCAGCCGCUGAGGCCAGCGCAGCGGCACGAGCUGCUCUGGCAGCGGAUAGGAAAGCUGAGGUUGCUGUCGCAAGGGCAGCCGCCUUGAAGGCUGAAGCAAGAGCCGCGGCUGCCGCUUUGGCCACCGCCAGGGUCGCCAGUGUCGCCACCGCAAGGGCUUCCGGCGAAGCGGAGGCUAGGAGCGAAGUCGCGGAACUGAUCGCCACCAUUGACAAGAAGAGCCGGGCGAUCAACCUCGAAUUGAACGCGAAAGCACGAGCCGCAGCGAAAGCAAGCGCCAGGAACAAGGAAUUAGCGGCCAUUGGAGCUAGUCUCGGCGAAGCUAAAGGAGUCGUCAAGAUACCGCAGCACGUGGAGAUCCCGAAACUUCCGAAGAUCGACUUGCACAAGGGCUGGAAGGACGUUAAGAUCGACGAGCACAAGGGAUGGAAGGACGAUGAGGUCGACUUGCACAAGGGAUGGGAGGACGAUAAGGACGACAAGAACGACGAUGACGAGCAUGAUAAGUAG